UGUCAAUAAUUCAAAACAGGUACCAGAACAUCAGAUGCAGGUUUGAAGUAAGUGGAACGCUUCAACAAUGUCGAGCAAAUGUCGCGUUUUUAAGGUCAUGACGUCACGUUUGUAUUUUUCCACCUACCGACGACCUCUGCUUCAGAAAAACAUGAAUGACUUCGCAGUUCUCAACACAGGGCGGAAAAUGCCCCUCAUUGGAUUGGGGACAUGGAAAAGUGACCCUGGAAAGGUGAAGCAGGCUGUUGUUUGGGCAUUAAACGCCGGGUAUCGCCACAUUGACUGUGCUUCCGUGUAUGGUAAUGAGCCUGAGGUGGGAGAAGCUCUCCAGGAGUCCCUCGGACCUGCCAGUGGUCUGCGGAGGGAGGAUGUGUUCAUCACCUCCAAACUCUGGAACACCCGGCAUACACCCGAGGAUGUAGAGCCGGCCCUGCUGAGGACCCUGAAGGACCUGAAGCUUGAGUACCUGGACCUGUAUCUCAUCCACUGGCCUUAUGCCUUCCAGCGUGGUGACAACCCUUUUCCUAAAAACCAGGAAGGCCAUCUGCUGUACGAUGACACCGACUACAAGGUGACGUGGGCGGCCAUGGAGAAGCUGGUGGAGAAGGGUCUGGUCCGAGCCAUCGGACUGUCAAAUUUCAAUAGCCGGCAGGUGGACGACAUCCUGUCUGUCGCCAGCAUCAAACCCACCGUUCUCCAGGUGGAGUGCCACCCGUACCUGGCCCAGGUGGAGCUGCUGGCCCACUGCCGGGACCGAGGCCUGGUGCUGACUGCCUACAGUCCUCUUGGCUCCCCGGACCGUUCCUGGAAACAUCCUGAUGAGCCCGUCUUACUCGACGAGCCCCUGAUGGACUCAAUAGCAAAGAAAUACAACAAAUCCCCCGCUCAAAUUAUACUCAGGUGGCAAACACAGCGAGGUGUAGUCACCAUCCCCAAGAGUGUCACCGAAUCCCGAAUUAAAGAAAAUCUGCAGGUUUUCGACUUUACUCUGGAGGCAGACGAGAUAAAAAGUAUCACUGCCCUGAACAAAGGCUGGCGCUACAUCGUCCCGAUGAUUGAAGUGGGAGGCCAGCGUGUGCCGAGGGAUGCUGGACAUCUUUUCUACCCCUUCAACGACCCCUACUGAUAUCGUACCAUUGAGUUUGGAUUUGUGCCUUCACGAACACACCUUCCUCACUACAGUAUUUAGGUUGGGACAUUUUACUGCAUUUUAAAGGGUCAUGUCAUGGCACGCACUGGUAAUCAGCACAGAGAUUACGAUGAACACUUGUGCAAUGAUUCUGAUUUCUAAAUAAAUCUUUUGUUACCUUCCCUUGAUUGACCUUCACUGUC